AAGAUAAGACAGUGAAGAGCAGAGCAAUGGAGCCUCUUGCAACGACAAAAGCUUCGUCUCUGAGGUGGGGAAUUCUCCGAAAGGCCUUUCUUCGUCGUCCUUCACCAGAUCCUGCAGAUGAACAAUCCGAUGUGGGAAUUAGGCGGAUUUCUAGGAAGACAACUCAUGGGUUUAAUUUGAUUCCAUGCCAUUCCGUGGAUGACCACCUUAAAGAAGAUUCAGUUUCUUCUUCGGAAACAAACCACCCAGAUGGUUCCAGAGAUGCUUGUGUUUGCUACACAUUGCCUAUUGAUAGUGGCCUCCAACUUUAUCUAUUCCAGAGAGUGGAAAAUUGUCCUGACCUCAAUGAUUUCGAGAUCUGUAAUAGUUAUAAUAUUGACAACACCGGGCUUGUUUGUCAUUGGCCAUCUGAAAAUGUCCUAGCUUAUUAUUGCUUAAUACAUGCAGACAUGUUCAGGUCUAAAAAAGUUAUUGAACUUGGAUCAGGCUAUGGCCUGGCUGGCUUAGUUAUUGCAGCAGUAACUGAAGCAUUAGAAGUUGUGAUAUCAGAUGGAAACCCUCAAGUAGUUAAUUACAUCCAGUGUAACAUAAAUGCAAACUCCAGUGCAUAUGGUGGUACAAAGGUGAAGUCUAUGAUGCUGCACUGGAAUCAAGAAGAAAUCUCGGAUAUUUCCAACACAUUUGAUGUCAUCGUUGCAAGUGACUGCACUUUCUUUAAGGAAUUCCACAGAGACCUUGCCCGAACUGUCAAAUUCCUGUUAAAAAAUGAGGGGCACUCUGAAGCAAUAUUUUUCAGUCCCAAAAGAGGUGAUUCGUUGGACAAAUUUCUAAUGGAAAUAAAAGAGGGUGGCUUGCAUUUUAGUAUAACCGAGAUCUAUGACACAGAAGUUUGGAGGCGUCAUCUUGGGUUCAUUAAGGGUGACGACUUCUGGCCCAGCUAUGAGAAGGAUCAUUGCUACCCAUUAUUGGUCAGAAUUUCUCUAUGAACUCUUGAAGGUCAUUUUUAGCAUUUUCUGUACAUGUUCCAGGUAAAUGGGAUUUAUUUCCGGUGACAAUUGGUUUCUCCUUCAAUUGUUGGUAGACCCAUGUGGUAGGCAUUUGGUGGUUUCCUAAUUCUUCCUUGACACCCAUCCCACUGGUGGGUCCCAAAAGCACUUGCACCGCACGUUCACCACUGCAUCCCAUGGUCCUUACUGAUCAAGUGUUUGCCAUUCGGAAAGGAAAGCAUCUAGCUUCCUGUUUUUGAUUGAUUCAAUAUAUUAGUGAUCGCUUCUUUAACAUAAUAUUGUUUAGUGCACUGAAACUUUUCACAUGCGAGAAGAUUCCUUAUCUUCAGUUGAGAUCAAAAUUACUUAUUAGCUUUUUCAUGAUUAAACAAAGACUCCCAACUGAGAUAAUGCAGUAGAAUUGUCAAAAAGAAGGAAGCUGGUGCUUCGUGAAUGAUUUUGAGUGGUACUUAUUUGGAAGUGGGAGACUUCCAGAGACGGAGCUACAACCUCACAUAUAUGUAUAUAUAUUAAUUUAGGAAAAAAAGAAGUGUGUGUGUGUGUGUGUGUAUAUAUAUAUAUAUAUUAAUUUUGAUUGUAUGUAUGUACUUUUCAUUAAUUGUGAAGUUGCCCCAUCUCAAAAUUGUAAAAACCUCUUUUGUAAUCAAUUUCUCGAUCCUGAGCCUUACAAGAGAAACCCAAAGUCUAUAAGAUUCUGACUUACUCCUGUUUGCUUUGAUAUUAUAUGUUGUGAAAAAGAACAUGCCUUCUCUUGAAUCAUUGCCUUUAAGAUAAGUGAAAUCAUAUAUUUCCAUUUUAUUUCUUCUAAUUUUUGUAUUGGUUCAAUUUAGAAAGAAAUAUAUUGAUUGGUCUAGUUUGGCAUAAUGGUGCAAAUCUGAUUGAACUGAUCGUUUGCCUCAAAGUGAUUUAUGGUCAUUGAUGCCAUUAAAUUAAAUAGUGCUCUUUAGCAAUUAAUUGAGAUUCUAUAAAUUAGAUUAAUUGAUAUUUGUGUAACCUCUGAUCAUCUGGUGCAUUGAUUAAUUGAUAUUCGUGUGGAAUCUCAUUGUGUACUGCAACUUGACAAUUAUUUAUAUUGAUUCAAAAUCAAGGUCCAUGAGUGGCAUAGGAAAUUACCCAUAUCAUGUUGCCUUUAUAGGGACUGUUCAUAUAUAUAUUUUUUAUAGCACCUGUGGUACCUACUUUAUUAUGUUUAUGCUUUCUCAGUCAUGGUCCUUCUCUUUUGAAACUGUUGGUUAGGGUUCCUGAGAGGGACCGCACCCACUUUUUGUUCCUAAUCGGAGUUGAACCCUCGACCUUUCACUCAAGAAGGUAGAGGAGAUACCAGUAGGUUACAACUUAGUCUAAGAGAGAGAAUGUUCUAUUCUUCCAUUUUCUUGACAACCAAACGGUACACUGGUCCAUACAAAGCUUGACAAUCUCGAGAUGGAUUGGAAAGUUGAAAUGCUAAGCACCGCUUAAAAUGAAUAUAGUCGUCCCCUUAUCUUCACAAAAAAGUAGGGUUGUUUCUUUCUUUCAAUUUUGCUUGGUCGGUUUCCCAACUUUUAUCGCACAAGUUGAUUGCAGAACUAGAUUCCUUCCUUGUAAAAGCCGCAGGAGCUACUCUACAUCAUGCAUUUUUUGGCUUCUUCAACUUUAUAUCUCUUUCUCUAGCAAUAGCGAUGUCUGUAAUUUUCCUACACAAGCAAGUGGAUUAUAAUUAUCGACAAGAAGAAUGGUCCGAAUGGUGUGGCCAGUGGCCACCACAGGUUUUUUCUUCUUUAAAGUCCGAUUGAAAUUCUUGUCGAUCCGUCCACUGUGGAAAGAAUUAUGCUAUAUGAGCAGAAUCGGCUUGUGUAUAAUUUUUCUUGUGAAAAACACUGCCAAUUUAGGAGAGAAAGCUACGCGAUGAAUUGAUAGAAACUGAUUGAAGUGACCUCACCAAGAGACUGAUCUUCUUGUGGUUUUCUUUCUUGUGGAUUUUACAUUUUAGAAGUACAAUAAUGUUCGCAUUGGUUGAGUACUAUGUUUGGAAUUUGUGAAAGAGAAUAUGAAAAGAAAUGAUGAUGGUUAUUUUUUUGCAAUGUUAGUUAGAUGAAGCUUUCUGAAGUAGUGAAAUACAUGUGUACCAGAGACAUGGUAUUUAGGUAAAAGUAUGCAAUAUGUAUUUGAUAUGUAUAUUUGAUGAUUCAAGUUUGAUAUAUAAUUGUUAAAAAGAAAAUUUUAUUUUUAA